AUGACUCUGAUGAUUUUUUUUUUAAUGUUUAUCAUUGAAUCUGCCACUGAGAAGCUGUGUCCCCUUCGUGCCUCCAUUGAUGUGCUAGAAGGGGAAUAUUUUUUCCUUUGUUAUCUUGAGUCAAUGCAAGAACAGUUUCAGGAAGAAGCAUACACAAUAAACUGGUACAAAGAAAAUGCUGGAAAGCAGCAACUGAUAAAGGAAACACACAGAAUUGUUUCCCAAAUGAAUUUUCUGGAGUUUUGGCCAGCUGAACUCAGUGACUCUGGGAAUUACUCUGUCACUCACAGCAAUGGAAAGCAAAAUUUCACAAUUCAAAAGUGGACCUUGAAUGUACUUGAAAGAAAUAAAAGCAGCUGUUUCAACAAAAACCAUUUAACUACAGAAAUUAAAAAUGCUGGAACUGGUCAUUCACUGAAAUGCAGUGAUUUGUCUGUCAAUGAAAAUGACAGCAUAACAUGGUACAAGGACUGUAAGAAAUACGAAAAUGAAACAGAGCGGGAACUGGAUUUUAAAAGCUUAACAGUUCAGCACUCUGGGAUGUAUACCUGUAAAAUUUUAAUCAACCAUGAAGGAAAGUUAUACCACAGCACAAAUACAAUUAAGCUGGUAGUAGAAGAAGAUGCACCAGAGGCUGUAACUUCGGAGAUAGUUGGACGUGAUGAAGAAAUUGAAACAGAAAUAGGUAAAGAAGAGAUACUCAAUUGCACAGGUUUCUUGGGUUAUUAUAUGCAAGAAGAUGCCAGCCUCUACUGGUUACUAAAUCAGAAGUUUCCAGAAAAAUGCUCAAGUAUCCCUGAGAAUGAACCUUCAAUAUGUGAAGAAGAUUCCAAAAAAUUACAGUUGGGAAACAAGUUCUAUGUCACAAGACUACUACGGAUUAAAAAAGUAACAGACGAGGACUUGCAUCAUAAUUUCACCUGCAUGUUGCAAGCUGAUGAAAGAACACAAAUAAAAAUAGUGAAAUUGAAGAAGGGGAACACCCGAGAUCUGCCUGUGCACAUAUUUACAACUGGAAUGGUCCUUGCCGUACUAUUUCCAUGUGUUGCUGUAGCUGCCGUGUUUGUCUGUGUGAUGUUUAGAGUUGAUUUAGUUCUAUUUUACAGGAACAUAUGCAGAAGAGAUGACACUGCUGGAGAUGGAAAAGAAUAUGAUGCAUUUGUGUCUUACCUGAAAGACUGCGUUUCUGCUACUGAAGAAGAGAGAGAAUUUGCUUUGAAGAUAUUACCUAUGAUAUUAGAAGAAAACUUUGGGUACAAAUUAUGUGUAUUUGAGAGGGAUGUAUCUCCUGGAGGAGCGGUUGUUGAUGAUAUCCAUUCAUUCAUUGACAAAAGUCGAAGAUUAAUCAUUAUACUGAGCCAGAACUACGUUUCUGACAGAGCCAUAUAUGAACUUGAGAGUGGACUUCAUAAAGCUCUAGUUGAAAGAAAAACUAAGAUCAUAUUAAUUGAAUAUAUGCCUAUAAGUGACUACAAUUUCUUGCCAGAAUCAUUGUCUCUUUUACCAUCAAAGAGGGUUGUGAAGUGGAAAAAGGAUAAAUCUCUUCCUGUGAAUUCCAAAUUUUGGAAGAACCUUCGGUACCUGAUGCCAGCGAAACCUACCAAGAUGAACACCAAAGGGCACUAUAAUAAUCAUGACCUAGGCUCAGAAGGGACUCAACCACAGACUGAGGGCUGUGACUUUAAUGCAGUCGUAUAA